AUGCUUCCUGCUCUUCAAACUUAUUCGAAGCCGAGUCUUGUCGAAAGAAAUCUGGCCCGGGAAAGUGUUUUCCUUCCGCCAGAUACCAAAUCUCGCGAUCUUUCAACCUCACCUCACCAAAACAACAACACAACGCACGGCACAACGCAACACCGCGCAAUGGGUCAAACUCUCGCGCGUCUACCAUUGACGGCGCGUAAUCCGGAGUCUGACGUCGCUGAAGAUGUCUCCAGCGGUGGAUUAGGGCAAAGUAUACAGCCAGAGCUUUCGCAGCAAGAGCAGCUGGCAGUGAAGGCCCUGGCAGCAGAGCAAGGUGAAACGAAACCACCGGAAUCUCCAAUCGCAGAUCCAGCCUCAGCUUCACUCUCCGAGCCUGCAGAGGUGCGCGACGAGGCAUCAGCCUUUGUAUCACCAUCCACUUCCGCGUCUCUCGGAGACGCGAAGGUCAUCGUCGAGGAGCAGGAAGAUGAUGCAGCUUUCGAAGCUGCGAGAAUGUUGUUCAGAGGUUGGUACCAGGAGAAUUUUGGGGGUCUUGCUCCAGCUGCUUUUGUUCCUUCAUCGCUGAUGUCUGGGCGUGUUGAUGGUUCGAGAGUGGACGGAGAUGGUGGGUUUCUUACCAUGAGAACAUCUCCUACUCCUGAUAUCGUGGAGAGAUUGGCUGAGAUGUGGAAUCUUAAGCCUGAGAAGAGGGAAGAGAGUGUUGAUUCACGAGUAUCUCAGGUUCCAGAUAUCCCGGUUGCUAUUACGGAGAGCAUUUUCAUGUCGGAGGAUGAGGAAGACUACAACACUCGAGUCUCAUCGCCACGUGCUAUUCCAGAUGUCCUGGGUUCGCCUGAACAAGUUCGAGGAGAUUCGAAGAGCAGAAGCCAAGAGCGGACGGCCAGAGAAGAUGCGGUUCAAGAAGGAUCAGACUUUGAGUGUGCCUCCCCAGAUCUCGCUUCCCAACCAAACGGAUCACUACAUCAGGAAUCUACAAUGCAACGUCUGCGCACCUCCUUGAUAUCCUCGCUCGAGUCCCGGCUCGCUGAGAUGGAAGCCGGGGGUGAUCUCAAAGACGCCUACCGAAGCUCCGUCACAUUGGCAAAUUUAAUCACAACCUACGAGUUGCACGAAGAGCUUAUGUGGCGCCGUGCUUCCCGUCGCAAACCAUCGUAUUGGGAGAGGUCACCUUCUCACGAUCAGAGACGUCGUAGUAGAUCUCCUGAUAGAGGAUCCGAGCAUCAUGGACGCGUACAUCCUGACAGGCUUGGUCAUCUUUCUCUCGAACGCUCACCAAGUCCUGACAAGACUCCGGUUCUUAAGAGUCAGGCCCUUUGCGCGACCUCAUCGAAUCGUAUACAUCCGAACAGGAUUCGGAAUCUCAACGGCCAAGCAGCCCCAUCCGGACCAUCAUCAUUCAAACUUGUACAUCCCGAUAGGAUCGGCCGUCUCGGACGCUCACCUAGUCCUGAUAGGAAUCCGGGUCCUAAGAGUCAAGCUCCUCGUGCAACUUCGUCGAAUUGUGUACCCGUUGAUAGAAUGCGGGAUUCCAGGAGUCGAACCCCUCGAGGACCCUUGUCUUAUCAUCGACACCCUGACUAUGCUCGUCAAGAGUACUCCGCUUUGCAAUACGACGAGGAACCUCGCUUUAAAGGAGGUGUCUCUUAUGAUAUACAGAGUCCUGGUAGAGCAGGAGGUUAUACAAAAGAGAAGGGCUCUGGUGUUUGGCGAGGUGGAAGUGAUGGAAGUGGUCAGUAUGCACGGCGAGAAGGUCAGCGUGGAGCAUGA